AAGACACCGUUUAACUUUUCACUAGUACAGCGGUAGCCCUUUGAUCUGAUGCAACGCAGCCAUAGCCAUCAAUGGCCGCCUUCAAGCCAAAGCUAAUUUUGCCGCUCUCCAUUUCUCCUCUCUCUCAGCGCUUUCCCAGGUUCUUCUCUUCCUCCUUCUCGUCUUCUACUAUAAGCUUACCGGAUAACUUGAACGCUGCUCUAUCUCCAGAGGAAUCGUUACUAGUAGAUAAAUUUCACUCCCUAAUCAAAGACCACCAUCGGAAAAACCCAAACCUUAGCUACCCCACCGUCCCAUUUCUAUCUCUUGAAUUCUCCCAAAUCUCCGCCACCCAUUUCACCCCCAUCUCCCCCUUCGUCGUUAGUCGCGUUAUCGAGAAAUGUGGUGCAGUCCGCCAUGGAAUCCCUUUCCUCCAGGCCCUUGCCUUCUUCAACUGGGCCACUGAUCGAAAUGGGUUCGUCCACUCCCCCGAGCCUUAUAACGAGAUGGCAGACCUCGCCGGUAAAGUCAGGCAAUUCGAUUUGGUUUGGAAUGUAAUCGAUUCAAUGAAAGCUAGAAAUGUCGAAAUUAAAAUUGACACAUUUUCAAUUCUUAUUCGCCGCUACGCCAGAGCUGGAUUAGCUGUGGAGGCUGUACACGCUUUCCACCGUAUGGAGGAUUACAAUUGUAAGCCUGAUAAGGUUGCAUUUUCAAUUGUGAUUAGCAUUUUAUGUAGGAAACGAAGAGCUAAUGAAGCUCAGUCAUUUUUUGAUAGUUUAAAGGAUAAGUUUGAAGCUGAUGUUAUUGUGUACACCAACCUGGUUCGUGGUUGGUGUCGUGCUGGAAAUAUGCCAGAAGCGGAGAGGGUGUUUAGGGAAAUGAAAAUGGCUGGAAUUAAACCCAAUGUUUAUACAUACAGUAUUGUCAUUGAUGCUUUAUGUAGGUGUAGGCAAAUUAAUCGUGCUUAUGAUGUUUUUGCAGAGAUGCUUGAUGUGGGUUGUGAACCUAAUUCUGUAAUUUUCAAUAAUUUAAUGAGGGUACAUGUUAAUGCUGGUAAGACUGAGAAGGUUUUACAAGUGUAUAAUCAAAUGAAGUGGCUGGGAUGCUCUCCUGAUACAAUUACAUAUAAUUUUAUCAUACAGACUCAUUGCAACGAAGAGAAUCUUGAGGAAGCUUUGAAGGUGCUUCAUUCAAUGGUGAAGAAAGGUUGUAUCCCAAAUGCUUCUACUUUCAAUAUUUUAUUGGGGUGCAUUGCCAAAUUGGGAGAUGUGAAUGGUGCACACAAGAUGUAUGCUAAGAUGAAGGAGUUGAAGUGUAAGCCCAAUACAGUGACAUACAAUGUUCUAAUGCGAAUGUUUGUCAACUCAAAAUCAACUGACAUGGUUCUGAAGCUGAAGAGGGAAAUGGAUGAUAAUGAUGUUGAACCUAAUGUGAAUACUUACCGUGUUUUGAUUUCAAUGUAUUGUGGUAUGGGGCACUGGAAUAAUGCAUACAAGUCCUUUAGGGAGAUGAUUGAAGAGAAACGCCUAAAACCAAGUCUACCUGUUUAUGAGAUGGUUCUGCAGCAGCUAAGAAAAGCAGGGCAGUUAAAGAAGCAUGAAGAAUUGGUGGAGGUUAUGGUUGACAGAGGAUUUGUUACUCGUCCUUUGUAGAAUCUUCACCCAUGAAGUAAAUUAGGCUAUCUUUGUUUCUUCUUGUAGCUUAAUAUUUCUAUAAGGUGUACAUAUUUACGUUAUGGUGAUUCAAAAGGCUGUAAACUUUCUGGAGUUAGCUGUAGUUUAUGCCAGGCUAAAUCUUUGUAACGAGA